UAAAUGAAAAAAAGAAAAAAGACAAAACCAAUUAGCAAAACUUUUAUCAAACUUCUAGACAGAUAGCUGUAGGCAAGACUUCAUUUUCCAAUGUUCUUUAUAGACUUAUUUAGACUAUGAGUAUAUUCUAGCUUUUUACUUUAAGAAUGUUUUUCUCCCUCCCACCAUGAAUGCCAAGCCUGUCAAUCACACUAACAACAACAAGAUACAUAUGGGACAGUUUAAGGAGGAAGAGCAGACAUGAGAAACUGCUCCUUUAACUUACUUGGAAUCAACUCCAACAUGUGUGCCUGGGAGAAAAAAAAAUGAGUAUGUGUUUGGAAUGCCGGAAUCUGCUGCGGUUGUAGAAAAACUGUGCAUGAAUGGAUCUCAUUUCUUGAAUGCAUCAAAAUAUGAGCUGAGCAGAUUCAAAGCAAUGCACCAGCCGAAGCUUCAAAAGAUGGUGCAUGACAUCAAGAAAAAUGAAAGUGGGAUAAUAAACAAGUUCAAAAAGUUCCAAAAUGAACAAGUGGCCUUAAUUUGCAAAACUGGGAAAGAUACUUGGGAUCGCCUUAAAAAAAAGCCACCGCCAAGUCUGCCACAAAGGGAUUAUGCUUCAGAACACGCAGACAAUGAAGAGGAACAAUGGUCAGAUGAUUUCGACAGUGAUUAUGAAAAUCCAGAUGACCACUCUGACUCUGAGAUGUAUGUGGUCCCCAGCGAAGAGAAUCCUGAUGACAGCUAUGAGCCACCUCCAAGUGAGAAGGAAAAAAAGAAGAUUCCCUCUGCAUUCCCUAUUUCUAGGGGUGAAUAUGCAGACAAUCGCACCAGUCACCAGACGCUUCCUCCCAUCAACAAGCCUCUCCCAAGUACACCCAGUCCAGCCAUGUCCAGACCAAAGAAACCAUGUGUGCCAUCCAUGCCAUUGCCAUCUCCUGCUACAAAACCAAAAGUGCCACCUAAGCCUAAGGAGUGCAGUGAUGAUGAGGAUAAUUACAUUGUGCCAGUGGACAAUGAUGAUGACAAUUAUAUUGAACCCACAGAAGGCAGCAUGUCACUACCUACAAAAUCACCUGUGAACAGAUUUAUGAAGACAACAAAGCCAGCCCCCCCUAUUUCUCCAAAGCCUUCUCUUACUUCUGUUAUGCAAGAAGUCUACGAGGUUCCUGAAGAAGAGGAAAAACCAUCACCACCACCAGUAACCAGGUUCACAAAGCCACUCACGUUUAUGCCUGCACAGAAUACAGAGCACUCCCACAUGCACAGCAUGACCAGAGAGUCACCCAAGCAGGAUAAUUCCAGAAAUAUUUUGCCUCUCCCCAGAAGUCGUCUUCAUCCAAAACCAGACCAUGAAGCAAACAAUACUGAUGAAAGUCAAAGGUUCAAUAACACACAAGAAUCCAGAUUUCCCACUGGAGCAGCUCCAUCUCCAUUACCAAGGGGCCUCAAGAAAGCUUCUAAUGCAGUAAUUUCACCAAAACCGUGCUUACCUUCCAGAGAGACCUUAACUGCAAAUGAAGAAAAACUCACGGCACCAGAACGACGGCGCAAUUCCAGCCAGGAACUUCCGCUUCCCCCCCUUCCAAGUGGUGCCCAAAAGCCUCUGCUACAAAAGCCCUCAAUUCUGCCAAAAGUGCCAGAAGCUGCAAACCAUUCUUUGGGUGCUUCCCCUCCCAGCAGCACCUCAUCUAUUUCAAGUUCUGCAGACCAGGAUGCUGGUGUUCACAGUAAAGCAUGGUAUGCUGCUACCUGUGAUAGGAAAAUGGCAGAAGAUGCUUUGUACCGAUCAAACAAGGAUGGAUCUUUUCUAAUAAGGAAGAGUUCUGGGCAGGACUCACGGCAGCCAUAUACACUGGUUGUGUUUUACAACAGAAGAGUGUACAACAUUCCUAUAAGAUUUAUUGAAUCAACAAGGCAAUAUGCACUGGGCAGAGAAAAAAGUGGUGAAGAGCGCUUCGACAGUGUUGCUGAAAUAGUAGAGAAUCAUCAGCGCACCUCCCUGGUUCUAAUUGACAGCCAAAACAACACAAAAGACUCAACAAAACUGAAAUAUAUUGUAAGAGUUUCUUAAUCAAACUGAACUGCUGAAAUGAAGACCUCUUUAAUAAUUUCUUUCAACAUACUGAGACAUGGAAAAGGUAUGAAAAGAAGAAAGUCCAAAAUGAUGGGAAACACUCUUCAAGAGCACCUACAGAAUAGUAAGAAAUGCAUUUCAUAGAGUUCAACCCCACGUCACUUUUUUCAGAGAAGUUUAACACAAGAAGCCAAAGCAGAUGCACUGUCAUCUGUGAGAACGUGGGUAUCCAAAGUCACAGGAAGAACAACUGCAUACCACAGCCUGGUCCUCUGACUGCUGUUUGAAGAUAGAUUUCUUGAAGGAUAUUUUCAUUUUAAAAAUGAGAAUACCCACAGUGAUCUACUCUUUCAGUUUAUGGUUACCACAUAUCACUGCUUUCAGCAAUUUCUUUGUAGAGUACACAGCCCCAGAAAUGAGAGCAACUUGACCUAAUGUACCACUGUACUCAAGUUGAAAAUAGGACUGUACUUUGAUUAGUGGCAAUAAAUACACCUGAAUGUUUUAGAUUUAUGGGCAUGUGUUGUACUUUCCCUCAGCUUCACCCUGUUUCACUGAUAUUUUUGUUUGUAUUUUCAAAUGUAAAAAUAAAAUUUAAAAAUAUUUUAAACUCA